AUGCAAAGCUUGGAAACAGCAUCAUGCCAAGAAGCCGAUUUUAUGCUAAAUGAUGCUUAUCGUAAGCUGAGGAAAUCUCCAUCCCGGCAAUCUUCUCUGUUGAUCGAUCCGCCGCCACAGUAUCCCAGUCUGCCAAGCCCCCUGCUUAACGACAGCACCCCGCUGUUCAACACAUCCGCAUCACCUGGGGAUAGUUCAAAUGCUUCACCAUCGCCAACCUUUGCGUCGCUAACUGCCGGCCAUUCCACUUCCCCGCCAGCUUCGCUACUGGCAUCUCCAUCACCUUCGUCCUCUCCGACGGAGCGAUCAACAUUGGCGGCGACGACGACGACACCCGCAUCCGGCACCACUCAAUUACUACUCAAACAGAUCGGCAGCAGCCCGAAGCAAGCCCAAAUAGUCAAUCAUCAUAGCCACUACAACGUUCAUCACACGGAGAAACGGGUGGCUAGCGAAUCGUCAGGCUUCGGAAGUGGAACGCCAUCCAAAAAAUCUAAACUCUCUGGCUCCCCCACGUCAUCGUCGUCGUCGCCGGCAUCCUCAUCGUCGUUCUUACUUCAACUUUCAACGUCGUCUGCGCCAUUGUCUUCCACGAGAGCGAAUCUUCAUUUGACGCAUCAGGAAUCGCAGCAAUAUCAUUAUCAGCACAGACCUCAUCACCAGCAUGGAAGUGCACCAGAUGUCGCGGGUGGAGGCAAUAGCGGUGCCGAUGGAAGUGGCAGCGGGUUCAGUGGUGGCAGUGUUGGCGGCAGUAACUAUAGCAAUAGCGGUACCACUGGGAGUCACGGUGGCUCCAGUUCCGGUGCAGCCCCGGCACAAAGGUUACCAAACGUUGGUUUUACGGGGGUGGCCAGCUGUAUCGGUAGUGCGAAGUUUAACAUACAUGACAAACUUAGAGAAUUGUAUCUGGAGCUGCUGGCCGAGGACAGUGCCGAAGUCGAUAGACUUAGCUUGAAGAAUACGUCUUUUCUGCUCGAAAAGCUCUUAAUCCGCGAACAUCUCAACACGCUGAUCGUUAAUCUGUAUCCGGGAAACAAAGGAUACUCGCUCGCGUUCCGGUUAGGACCGCGAGAUGACGGUGGUCGUAAUGUAUGCAAUUCACCAUAGAAAACGUUCACUCCAUCGAAGAGUGGCACCAUGGUUACGUCGAUAGUAGGCGCCGGGGUAGUUCCACAGCUGGUGUCGGACAGUGCAUCGUCGAGUGAUACAAGCAGCGAACACCUGCAGGAAACUAUGCGCUGGCCAUAUGAAGAGGAAGAACUCUUGGAUUGCAUCGACCGCGAAGAGCUUCCCUUGUUGUUAGUGGACAUACUAGCGAACAAGUGCCCAGGUCUUUUCUAUUGUGGUUGCGUGAUUGCCGAGGUACGCGAUUAUCGGCCAUGGUUUCCUAUACAUACCUGUGAUACUUUUCAUGUGUUGCUGAAGCCCACCAAUCAGACACUGCUGGCCGACAUAAAUCUUUUGACUUCGGAUGGUGACUGGAGUGCGGAGGAUAAACUGGCUCUCGAAAGCCAGUUAGUGCUGGCGACAUCGGAACCUCUGUGCCUCGAUCCGAACCCGGCCGUUGGUACAAUGACGAUCAACCAGCAGCACCGAAGACAGUUGCUUAAUACGGCCCCGAUACGACGUCAGGCGAAGAAAUUUUCGCAAGUCGCCGUCAACCGAAAGCGGAAAACCGAUCAAUUCACGCACAACUUUGGACUAGAGUUGAGCGACUUCAUAACCAAAUACAGGGCCCGGCCACCGCGCCAGCAGAGUGCUCGCCGUGGCGUCGUUAGCUUCACCAUGCCGAAGAAACCAUCGGAUGUCGUUCCGGCCGUGAACAUACCCAGCCUGGAGUUACCGGAGCUCGCGACGCCCGUGGAUGUCAAUGUGGAAAAGGUCGCCCGCAAAUACGAGGCACCGAAGGAAACCCGAGAAUGCAUCCCGCAACUGAUGGAAGAAUACAUUCUCGAGACGGACCGGGUCGUGAAUCGGGGAGAUACGCGCGUGUACCACAUUAAGCUAUCGAUCUUUCAACGACCGUCGAACUCGGAAUACCUCGGUGAACUGUACGUCGAUCGAGACUACCGGGAGAACGAACGCAACGGAGAGUCUUGCCAAUUUUCGCUCGGAACUCGCGCCCAUGCGCAUCGGUACAUUCAGCAAUUUACCGAAAUAUUCACCGAGGAGGGUCGCAAAUCUGUGAAGAUAACACACCUGGUACCAGGGCAGAUUCCUAAGGUUCUUCAUACGGCCGGGAUGCGAGAACAGAACGUUCAGCAGCACCAACAACUGCAACAGCAGCAGCAGCAGCAGCAGCAGCAUCAACAACCGCAUCAUCAACAUCAGCAGCAACCCCAACAGUUGCUGCAACAACAACCUUCAAACCACCAUCAACAACAGUUACAGCAGCAGCAGCAACAAACUAUGGUGCAGCAACAAAUCUCGCAGAUUCAACAACGACUACAGUCCCAUCCAACGCAAGCGCUAUUGACGCGCUUGCAAGCAACUAACCCUACUCUGGCCACUCAGAUAGCCUCGGCCACCGGAGCCAGUGCGAACAUUACGCUGAAUGCAACGAAUCCGAGCACACUGCCCGGCAACCAGUCGCAGCAACCGGCGCAGCAACUGUCUUCGGCGUCGCACCCAUCGUUGGCUCACCAGCAAAUACUUACCGCGGCUGCCUCGGGUGCCAACAUUAUCAGCAUUGGUCCGUCUGCGGCCGUUGCAACGCAGUCGCAAACGCAGUCCCAGCUGCAAAACGCACAACAGCAGCAACAGCAGCAACCACAUGCGCAGAUUCAUAUUCAACAGCAACACUUAGUUUCGUCUGGGCAACAGCAACAGCUGUUCACCACCAGCAGUGACGGGACCGGUGGUGGUUCCGUAAUAAGUACCAGCACUUCCGCUUCAACUCCCCAAGGAACGACAAUUACUUUGCAGUCACAGCCUACGCAGCACGGUCAAGCAACACAACAACCUCAGCAAACACUGAGUCUGAGCAAUGGAUCACUCCUGCUCGUCCAGCCUUCCGGGCAGAUAUCGAACCUUACGAUGACCACCAAUGCGGCGGGACACCAGCAACUAGUUGCUAGCAACGCUGGAACCGGAAACACGGUGGGCAAUUCGGGUGCUUCGCAAGGGUUUACGUUUGCCUCCGGAGCACAGACAGCCACUAUCAUCAAUCAGGCUGGUGGCCGAACGCUCGGAAAUACUGUUCCCCUGCUGGUCAGGCUGGAUAAUGCGAAGGUGACUAGAGACAGUGCGGGAAAUCUCAUUUCCACGUUGGCCCAGCAAAACCCUUCCACUCAGGUGCAAAUUCAACAACAGCAAACUGUGGCUUCCCAGCAAUCUCAGCAACAUCAGCAGCAACCGCAACAAGGCCAGCAAACGCUUCAAUUACAGUCGCAUCAGCAGCAGCCCAACCAAAUUCAUACAAACAAUCCCGAAAUUAAGGCCAUUGCAAUUAGCAUUAUGAAUUCGGCCAAUCAAUUUACUAAUCGCCAGCAGCAGCAGCAGCAACAACAACAACAACAACAACAACAACAGCAACAGCAACAACAGCAGCAGCAGUCGAAUGUGAAGUCCAAUAGUAAUGCGGCUAUACUUAGUCUCCUAAACAGUGCUCCGGCAGCAAUGACCAACUCCCCAGUAUUGAGCAGUAGCCUUACGUUGCCGGCCGGCAAAACGGUCGCUGACUUGCAGCACCAUCAGCAGCAACAUACUGUGCACCACCAUCAAACCGGCGCCGGUGGUACAACAACUAUAAGCGGGAAUGCGGCCGCUGCUCUUUUCAACAGUGUCGGAGCACGCAAAAUUAGCAUACAGCAGGCCCAAACCGGUCAGAAUCGGAUUAUCAAUCACGCCAACCUGAUCACGGUGAGCAGUGCUCCGACUGGUUCCAACAAUCAAACGCAGCUGAUCAACAUCCAAGCAAACGAUCUUGGGUCAGGCACCACGGUCACAUCUCAGCAACAGCCGCAGCAGUCACAUCCACAGCAAUCACAGCAACCGUUGCAAGCAGGAAAUAUUCGCGUGACCAUGUCAGCGCUAGCCACGCAACUAGCAUCACCGCCGGCUAUACUUACCACUUCGAAUUUGCCACAAAGCUUUAAUGUCGUUGCGGCCGCUGCGGCGUCAUCGGGGACAACAACGGUGGGAGGGAACACCGCAACCUUCACCACUUCCGGCACAUCGACGGGAAACAAACUGAUCAUCAACAGUACGAAUCAACGUGUGCUCAAUAUAAACCCAGCCACUGGAACCACCUCGUCCAUGGCGGCCGUCGUUGCCGGAGCCCUGGGUGGUACGAUCCGUCGCGUCAACACCCCGGGUGGUGUUGCAACGGCUGGCGAUGGGAUUCAGCUGCAGAUUCAGGGGUUGACUGCUGCACCUUCAACAAAUGUCCAAACUUCAGUUGGGAGCGUCAACAGCCGUACCUUAGUAACAGACCAGCUGCAGCUGCAAAGCAUUGCUUCGCCAGGCAGUGAUCAUUCGAACACAUCUUCCACUUCCCUUUCCGGCAACAACAACAAUGGUGGAAUUGGACUGAACAGCAAUACCGGUGGCAGUAGCAUUAUAUUCAACAACAUGUCCGGCUUAAGUGCUCUGCUUGCCAACAACUCCGCAUCGUCUGCAGCUCCAUCGAUUGCGCUCGGCAGCGAUGGAACGACGACGGUGGUUGGUUUGAACGCGGCAACCAACAACCUGAGCAGCAGUAACACCGGGAGCGGCAGUGCGGGGGGAGUCGGUGGCAGCAAUAGUAAUAACACUAACUCAGCAUUAAUCGAAAGACUGACUUCAUCUAGUAGCAUAAACCUAACCAAUAGUAGUAACCUGACAGCGAGCCCCGGACUGCAGUUUACCAUACCAUCGUCGAAAGCACCUCAGCAGCAGCAACAGCAGCCUCAGACCCAUUUGCAAAUACAAUCACCCGCCAGCUCGAUAUCGCCGCUUUCUAGUCCUCCGCCGCAGGUUACCAUUCUUCCGCAAUCGCAGCAGCCUCAAAGUCAAGCGCAAGUUUCUGCGGCUCAGCAGCAACCGCAGCAGCCUACUACCGUCAACCUGCAAGGAUUAAACUUUGCCAGUCUUCACGGUGCAAUGGCGUCAAUUCCUGGAUUGCAAAAUGUGCAGGUACAAAUCCCGGGACUUGCUCAGCCCAUUUCGCUGUCGCUUUCCACUCCAUCCGGGACGGCGGCGGGUGUGCUCAACAGUAGUGGUGCCAGUAGUUCCGGCCAAACGACCAGUUUACUUGUAUCAGUUCCAGUAACCAACACUACACAAGCAGUGCACACCAUCAAUGCAGGCGGCGGCAAUAGCAUACUGACUGGCAAUUCGCAAACGACACAAACGGUCGUUUUGACCAAUCCCCAAACAAGUGGCUCCAGUUUGCUUUCUCUUCCUAUUGCACAAAUCGUGACAUCCGGGAUGAAAGGACUGGGCCAGCAGAGCAUGAGAACCGGCACACCACUCACGGUUAACGCAGGGCAGGCGGGGCAACAGAUACAACUGCUGAACAUAAGUCAACGACCGCGCGCUGGUCAGCUGCCAGUGGGAAGUGGUGCAGGGACGACGCCCAUCAUGACCAAACAGCUUGCAGCUCGCGUAGCUCAACACCGGCAAAUGGUAGCGGCCGGGGGAUCCACAGUAAAGAUUGGAACCCCUAUUUCCGCUUCUCACCACGUUGGCCAGAUGAGCAAUGCUUUAAAUGUGACUGCCAACGCCACUUCGAAUCAACUUGUCAUGACCACGAAACAACUGCACUUGAAGCUUCAGCAGCAGCAGCAAGCGCAACAGCAACAACAGCAGCAACAGCACCAUCCUCAGCUGCAGCAGCAAACGCAGCAAAUUCUUACGGCAGCCAGCAACCAACCAACAGUCGGCACAAACACUGCUCAAAUUCACAUUCAGCAACCCACUUCACAACAGUCGCAACAAAUACUGCAACAGUCGGCUCCGCAACAACCGCAGUCCACACAACAGAUAAGUAUCAUCAACAGCAGCGUGAUGACGCCACUCUCUCUGUCAAGCCCGGCUACCGUGGGACCGGUUACUACACAAACGCAGCAAACGCACCAAAGCAUCAGUGCCCUGGCAGCUGCUGCAGGCAAACACAGGCGACGAUCUGCGGCCGACAUGAAUAAGUAA